GAGAGGGAGAGAGAGUGAGAAAGAGAGAGGGAGAGAGUGAGAAUGGCAUCAAAGGCUUUCUCCAAGUCCUUGCUUUCCUUCUACUGCUUCCUACGCCGAAGGCUCUACAACCCACUCUUCCUCCACCGAAGAACUCCCCAUGGAUCCCACCUAAAUAAGUUUCGGAAGAGCCUCCCCAACAGGGAGCAGCUCUUGGACCGAACGCUAGUGUUUGAUGUGGAGGGAGGCCUCUUGAGGUCCUCCUCCACCUUCCCUUACUUCAUGCUUGUGGCCUUGGAGGCUGGAGGCUUCUUGAGGGGCCUUCUCCUCUUGGUUUUAUACCCUUUACUUUGUUGUUUGAGCCGUGGGGUGGGGCUCAGGGUGAUGGUCAUGGUGUGCUUCUUUGGGAUAAGGAAGGAGGGGUUGAGGGUUGGAAAAGCAGUGCUGCCCAAGUUCUUCUUGCAGGAUUUGGGCUUGGAGGGUUUUGAAGUCUUGAGGAGGGCCAGAAGGAGGGUUUGUUAUACAAGAAUGCCAAGGGUCAUGGUGGAAGGGUUUCUGAAAGACUACUUGGGGGUGGAAGUGGUGGUUGGAAGGGAGCUGAAGGAGUUUGGUGGGUAUUGCACCGGACUAAUGGAGGAAGAGGGCGAGAUGGAGAUGGAAACGAAGGUAUUGUUUGGUGAAGAAGAUACGGGUGGAGGUUCCUUCGGGAUUGGAAGUUGCACCAACUCUUCUCGGCACUGCCUUUUCUCUCAUUGCAAGGAAGUCCACCUGGUGACCGAAGCUGAGAAGAGGACCUGGCAUGCCUUGCCAAGAGAACAAUACCCAAAGCCCUUGGUGUUCCAUGAUGGCAGAGUGGCCUUCAGGCCAACCCCAAUGAACACGCUUCUCAUGUUCCUCUGGCUGCCACUUGGUGUCCCCCUAACCAUCUUUAGAUCCUCAAUCUUCUUGCUUCUGCCCUACAGAAUAUCCAUUCCCAUUGGAGCCUUCUCCGGGAUGAAGUCCAGGCUCGCAACUCCCCAGACCCUGGGCACCGAACGCCAGCCCCACGCUCGUGGUCACCUCUAUGUCUGCAACCACCGGACCCUCCUCGACCCAAUCUACAUCUCCGCCGCGCUCCGCAAGCCCGUGACUGCUGUCACCUACAGCAUCAGCCCCAUCUCCGAAGCUUUAUCCCCGAUCAGAACCGUAAGGCUGACGCGUAACAAAGAGGAAGACGGGAGAAGAAUGGCGAGGCUCUUGAACCAAGGAGACCUUGUGGUGUGCCCCGAAGGGACCACCUGUAGGGAACCAUAUCUUCUAAGGUUCAGUCCACUGUUUGCAGAGUUAACGGACACGGUUAUUCCAGUGGCACUCGUCACCAGAGUGAGCAUGUUUUAUGGCACCACAGCGGCUGGUUUCAAGUUCUUGGAUCCCUUCUACUUCCUUGCAAAUCCAUGCCCGGAGUAUGACGUCGAGUUCCUGGGGAAUGUAUCCACGACGCAUUCCAUUGCUGGAAAGAGUUGCAGCAGCCAUGGCGUAGCCAACCAUGUCCAGCGCAAGAUUGGAGAUGCGCUGGGCUUCGAGUGCACGACACUCACCAGGAAGGACAAGUACCUGAUGCUUGCUGGCAACGAAGGGAUCGUAAACACAGCCAAAAAGACGGUGAUGCAGAACCUCAGGAUCAUCUGAGAAUGAUGCUAGGCCACUUACAACAGACUGUAGCUGACGUAUUUUGGUUUGGAUAAAGAUCAUAGCUUGUAUUA